AUGGCGUCUGGCGGCAAACUCCCCGACGAUCUCGGCCUUGGUCGAUUGGGAGGCCCUGGUGCUCUGACCAUCACUGCCCCUCCCCCUGCUCCUAUCUCUUCGUCCAUGGUCCAGGCUGAGACUUCGCCCUCGAAGGCUCGCGUUCUUGGUUUCCAUGAGGACCGCGUGCCCGACGCACAGGAGUUUUACUCGUCCGAGUUCUGCGUCUUCGUUGCCAAGUAUGCCCUCCCUGAGUCGAUCCCAGGGCUUGAUACUGACGGGCAAACCUUUUGCAGUCUUCCUCAGUCUCAGAGCGACGAGACUCUUGAGGCUGCCGUCACCGAGACGUUUUCAAAGUUUGGUACGGUUUUUGUCAAGAUUCGCCGUGAUACUCGGAACCAGAUGCCGUACGGCUUCGCUCAGUUCACUGUCGAAUGCCCAGAAUGCACGCACUGCCCUCUUGAAGGGAAGAGGCAGUAUCAUUCUUGGUCGAGCCUGUCGCACCGAGCGUGUGAAGGGAAAUUGUACGUUGAAUGGAUCCUCAACCUUGUCCAAGAGAUCCCGCUAAUCUUGCUAGGCCAAUUCGUCCUAUACCGCCGAGAUGGUUCGGUCAUGACCCGUGCUGAGGUGACCAACCUCAUGGAAGUUCAGGGCACCCUUGCCCGAGUUGAGCCCCUCCACUCUCAGACUCAGUCCCUGACCAACUUUCCUGAGACGGCCUGGCUUGUCACGUACGAUCUGUUCGAUCCCCGCCGUGACGUCGUCGGUGUCUUCGCCAACCACAUGACCUACAAUGUUCGUCCUUUCAAUCAUAGGGACACUUCAGACAGGAUUCCGGUACCGGGAGGUGGCCAUCAUGCCCCGAAUGAUAAGUAUGGAUCAAACGGCCGGUCCAUUUACAUCGCCAACUUGCCUGUCGACAUUGACGAAGGCGCUGUUCGUGCCAUCGUCAGCGGAUUCAACCGAGUGCAGAGGGUUCAGCUUCGGCAGACCACCACCAACACUCUAGACGGCCGUCGGGCGUAUGCCUUUGUUGAAUUUGAUCACGCUGAUGUCGCUGAUGCUGCGAUUGCCCAGUUGAACGGACUUGUCGCUCCCGACAACCAGGGCUUCCUUCGUGUGCAGAGGAGGAUCAUGCAUCCCUUCCCUCCCAACCGUUCUCAGGGCCCUUUUUCAGCUCAGAGCCAUGUUAACCGUGAGCUGUACCCUCAGGUCAUGACCAACUCGGCUCCCAGAGAGAUCGGCGAGGGACAUCUCCUCGGCGCUCCCAACAACAUUCAGGAGACGCCAAUGAAGCAGGUGCAUCACCAUCAUCAGGAGUUACAGGCGGCUGCCAGCACUCCUUCCGAACUUGGCCAGGUCACGCCGGCAAACACUAUGCAGGCGCCGCCUCCAAGCAUUGCGAAUCCGAUGAGCCCCAUGAGUCCCAUGGGCCCCAUGAGCCCCAUGAGCCCUUGGAUUCACACCUCACCGUAUGGCAACCCUUUCGCCGCCACCAUGGGAUACUCCCCUUUUGCCGGAUCGCAGUAUACCAUGAUGACGCCGCAGGCCUCGCCUGCCAUGUACUAUCCUCAACAGAGCCCGCAGCCUCACUUCUCGCCCUUCGUCAUGGCUCCACACAUGCCUGCAGCUUACUAUCAUCCUAGUAGCUGGGCUGCUCCUGGUUUCGUUCCCGGUGCUUACAUGGUCGACUCGGCUGCCGAAGGUCAGGCCACGGAUCAGGAUUCCAACGACCACGAUGACGGUGUCCAUGACACCGAAGCCGGCCACAGCCAGGUCACUUCGGAAGGUGGCGUUUCGCUCAAGGAGGAGUGA